AUGGAGUGCAAGAAACAAUUCAGUGAUCUUGACGAUGACUGCAUCCGGCAGAUUGUCAAAUUACUUCCUCAGAGAGACCUCAAGCAUUUCUCUAUGGUCAAUAAGCAGUGCCGCGCCUUGAGUCUCGAUGUCAUCUUCAAGUCGGUCGAGGCGUUCAGCAAUCGUGAGGAUGAAUCGUUGGUCGCUGCUACCCUGAGGUCGGUGUAUCGGUCUCAGGACGUCGCACCAUACAUUCGCGUCCUCUCCAUUUGUCUCCUUCCCAUAUGGAGUAAUCUCAACAACACUCUCCACAGCAAUAUCGAUCUCAUCCAGAUGUUGACCUGCUUUCUGUCCAAAUAUGGGAUGGUCCGCCAGUUGAGCCUUGUCGGAAUCACUCUCUCGCCACAAGCAAAGCGUGUUUUUGGCAAACCCGUGUUCAAUGAGAUCAGAGUCCUGCAGAUCGAAGACUUCUCACAGCCAAGUAUGCUGAUUGCAGCUUGCCCCAAUCUGGAGGUCUUCUCCUCGACUUACCCGAUCGCGAAGCCAAAGACCACCUUCAAGGCUAUUGCAGAACACCCACAGCUCACGAGUGUACGGCUGCAGCCUUAUGGCCGGAAAGACAUGCAUAUCCGCGGACCUCGUGGUUGGACACGGGGGCAAUUGAAAGAUAUCUGCAGUCUUCUGAAAGGCGUCAAGAAGCUGUUCCUGGCCGGUCAUCUUGGCUACAACACCGAAACCCUACUCGUCAACGCCCUAUGCGUGCCUGACGGUGUGGAAUGGCUGAAUCUUUCCGUGGAGAUCAAUCGCCAUGUGAACAAUGGGGGAUUGUAUGAUGAAUACCGCGAAAUGGUCGUUUCCAGGAGGAUGACACCCAGAAGCGCGAAUCGCAUCUCCGAAGGUCUGCUCCGCCGCUGCCCGAGCCUCCUGCAAGUCGACUUGCGGUUUUACAACGUGACACACAGCUACUCAGCCCAGGCUCGAGUUGCCGGCACAGAGCCAAAGAUCACCCGAGUCAAGCUUGCCUGUCUAGAUGCUGUUAGGCCCUUUCCGGGCAUGAUUUGA